AUGUCAAGCUGGAUCCAACCGAACAGGGGUUGCCAGACCGAUGGUUCGGAUCCGAAAAGGCUGGCGGCGAAAAACGCGAUGCCCUUGGUUCCGUUCGUAGUAAGGCCAGGAGCGCCCCGUUCGGUUCGCGUCCGAACGCUCCGUUCGCAGCGAUGCCCCCUUGUUCCGAUCGUAGCUUUUGCCCACAAUGGGCCGCUGCCUUUUUCAGGCGUGGAUGUUUUGCGACUGGCUGGCGGUCCAGCAGCCUUGCUCGAGGCCUUGCUUUGGGCAAGAGAUUGGAGUACUGAGCGCAGGAGUACGGCCCCUGCACAAGCAAGGACACAUUUGCUGCAGCAACUUCUGGCGUUGCUCUCCUGCUGUUGUCGAAAUCCCAUUGGAACUGAUGUCUCCAACGAGCCCACUAGGUUGCCACUCCAUCAACUUGUCCUCUUGUGGACUGGCAGCUUUGGAUGUUUGCUGAAAGCAGCCUCACCUGCACAAGAAAAGGUGUGGCGAAAGCGGCAUGCGGAAUCUGGUGGUGUCAUGUCGGCAGAGUUCCUAGUGCGAGGUGAAUUACCUCCAGCUUUGCCACAAGCAAGACUUUGUGAGGUGUUGCAAAGAGUGGCCGAAGUGCAAGCAGAUUGGCCCAUGGAGGUUCGGCUCUUGUGGCGAGUCCUCCACUCCAGAAGCACUGCACGAGAGGUGAGCAAGCUUUGGAUGGCAGCACCCUAUACAAUGCAGGACAUCUCUUCUGAGGUUGAAUCUGCUCCUGUGCAUGAGAUGUUUAUACCUGGCAUCAUAGCUGCGUCAGGCACUCUCAGCCGCAGCCUGCAGAAAUGCCUACUGUGCACUGGCUGCCAGGUCCCCCCAGGAGUCUCUCCUGCAUCCUUUGUGGCGGCAUGUGCCGACGCCCUCAACGAACUCCGCAAUGCUGAUCAACUACGCCAAGUCCGCGUUCAGGGUCCAGGUGCCGCAGCGGUACAGCGCCUGGUGCAGGAGGAGACCUAA